UGGUCUGUAGGGUUCUUCUAUACAUGUUUUUCCUUCUCCCUCCGACCGGUACUUUUCUGGUUCCGUCGAUAUAAAUAUCGAAGUACGAGAUUUUGGCAGGCUUUGGGCACUGUACUAGGCGGUGCUGCUCGGGCUCAGCUCACGGGGUUCAGCCGAUUGAUUACUCAUUGGCUCCGGUGAGCUCAUCCCUCCCACAGUCGACUCAGUGACUCGCUCCCCUCAAGUUCUUCCUGGAGCUUGGUGAGUCUGCUGGAUGGCCAACAAUCCCCAGUUCUCAGGUUUUCAGCCUGUCCGGCUGCCGGUAGCUGGCUCCACGGAUCCUCCUCGAAGUUAUGCUCCCCCAUUCCCUGUUCAAUCUUUUACGGCAGUUCCAGCGGCCAAUGUUGGCUUUCCUUCUAUACCACAACAACCUCAGUUUCAUUCAUCAGUUCUACCUCCAAGACCCCAGUACACUGUUCAGAAUGCACUAUUGCCUCCAGGAAUAUCAGUUCCAAUUUCCCAGACAAACAAUCAGGUUGCAUCUGAGUCUCCAUAUCCGCAGCUUAUUGCUCCCCCUCUGACCAACUUUGUGCCUUCAAGCAUUGGGCUAGGAGCUCCUCUGUCCUCUUCAUUCACAUUUUCUCCUCACGGACUUCAGAAUCAGGCAAACUUGGCCGCUCCCAGGCCGGCUGUUCAGUACCCUCCAAUGUCUCAGCCUCAUGUAUCAAGUGUCUCCUCUGGAGACCAAUCGAGAUUGGCAUCUGAAAGCAGUCCUGGGUCUUCGAUAAAACCUAUCACUGACCAGUCUUCAGCUUCCAGUGCAGCAGCAGCGGAACCAAAUGCCCGGCCUACGCCUGGCAGAGAGGGCCCAAUUGAUUGGAUCGAGCAUACAUCUCCUGAUGGAAGGAGGUAUUAUUACAAUAAGAAGACAAAACAAUCUAGCUGGCAGAAGCCCUUUGAAUUGAUGACUGCAAUUGAGAGAGCAGAUGCAUCAACUGAUUGGAGGGAAUAUAAAAGUGCUGAUGGAAGGAUGUACUACUACAACAAGGUCACAAAACAGUCCAAAUGGGAAAUGCCCAUGGAGCUGAAGUUGGCCCGUGAGUGCAUAACAAAAAGCGAUGUCAUAGAAACCCCGUCAGAAAUGGGAGUAGCAAAUGAAGCACCUAAGAGUUUGGAGGUAUCUUCUUUAAAAUCUGAACGAACUGCUUCAAUCCCAGCAACACUGGAGGCUUCUACUAGUGAUGCAGAACCUGCUAUAGUAUCUACUUCAUCACCAUUACCUACUGUAAAUUCUGCUGCAACAUUUACUGCUCCUGUAAAUGAAGUCUCACCAGAUCAUUCCAAACAAGCUGCUGUUGCUGCUGCAGAAACGGCUGAGGCUGCUACUGAAACAGUCGAUGUUUUUCCGAUGCCAAUGGCCAACCCAGAUGAUCUUGCAGCUCAAAAAGAUCUGGGUUCCUCAGAGAUAGUAUCUGCUCCAGAAAAAGCAUCAGAGAUGGCAUCUGCCCUAGAAAAAGCAAAGGACGAUGAAAUAAUUGAUGAAAAAGCUGAGAGAACUCUGGAAGAUAAAUUAGUUAAUCAUGAACCAUUGCCUUAUGCAAAUAAGCUGGAAGCUAGAAAUGCAUUCAAAGCUCUGCUGGAAUCUGCAAAUGUUGGUUCUGACUGGACUUGGGAGCGGGCAAUGAGAGUUAUUAUUACUGACAAAAGGUAUGGGGCCCUCAAAUCCCUAGGGGAGCGGAAGGACACCUUCAAUGAGUUUGUGAGUCAAAGGAAGAAACAGGAAGCUGAGGAGAGACGUCUUAAACAAAAGAAAGCUCGGGAAGAUUUCAAGAAAAUGUUAGAAGAAUCGAAAGAGCUGACGUCAUCAUCGAAAUGGAGCAAAAUAGUUCGCUUAUUCGAAGAUGAUGAGCGAUUCAAAGCUGUCGAGCGUGAGAGAGACCGCCAAGAGCUGUUUGAUGACUACAUUGAUGAGCUCGAGAAACAGGAACGAGCAAAGGCUGUUGAGGAGCGAAAACGGAGUAUAAUGGAGUACCGCCAGUUUUUGGAAUCUUGCAGUUUCAUCACGUCGAGUAGCCAGUGGAGAAAAGUUCAAAACCGCCUAGAGGCUGAUGAGAGAUGCUCUCGCCUGGAGAAGAUCGAUCGUUUAGAAAUUUUCCAGGAAUAUAUACAAGAUUUGGCAAAGGAGGAGGAGGAGCAGAGGAAGAUACAGAAGGAAGAAUUGAGAAAGGUUGAACGGAAAAACCGAGAUGAGUUCCGCAAACUAAUGGAUGAGCACAUUGCCUCGGGGAUGCUUACUGCCAAAACCCAUUGGCACGACUACCACAUGAAAGUUAAAGAUUUGCCAGCAUACAUAGCAGUUUCAUCAAACACAUCAGGUUCAACCCCGGAAGAUUUGUUUGAAGAUGUGGUGGAGGAGCUAGCGAAGCAGUAUGAAGAGAACAAGGCUCAAAUAGAAGAUGCAUUGAAGUUGAGAAAGGUUGAGGUGUCUCCAACAUGGACCCUUGAAGACUUGAAAGCUGCCAUUGCAGAUGAUUUGCGCGGGACACCUAUAUCAGAAAUCAAUUUCAAAUUGGCGCUUGAUGAGUUGCUCGAUAAAAUUCGGAGGAAAGAAGAGAAAAAGCGAAAACGCAUGGGAGAUAAAUUCUUCGAUCUAUUGCAUUCCGUCAGGGAAAUAACUGUGUCUUCUACAUGGGAGGACUGCAAACAUCAUGUUGAGAGAAGCCACGAGUAUAGUUCGAUCAAGGAUGAAAACUUGUGCCAGGAAAUAUUUGAGGAGUACAUAACGGCACUAAAGGAGAAGGAGAAAGAGUAUGAGCGCCGGCACAAGGAGGACAAAGAAAGAGAGAGGGAAAGAUAUGGGAGGGACGGGAGAAGUUGGAAGGAUAGGAGAGGAAAAGAUAGGCAUGACAGGGAGGAAGAAGAAUCUCGGGAUGAUGGAGUAGAUGAUGAUAAUACUGGUGCAAUAUCCGACAAGAGGAAGAAAUCAUCAAGCAAAGAUAAAGAUCGCGAGAAGAAGCAUCACAAGCGCCGCCAUAGUGCUCCAGAUAAUUUGGAUGAGACCGACAGAGAUCAUUCCAAGAGGUCACACAAGCACAGCAGUGACCACAAAAAGUCUAAGCGUGGGUCCUCGCCAGAGUCAGAGGGCGAAGCCAGGCAUAAGAAGCAAAAGAGAGACCACAGGAAGGGCUCCCACAGAAGCAGCAACCGUGAAGAACUUGAAGACGGAGAAUUCGGCAGCUGAGGGAAGACAGGGGCAGUAGCAUUUGACCCGGAAAGUCGGUUAGUUUUGCCUUCUCAUGCAUAUACGAGGAGCAGCUAUAUAUGGAUGUACUUAUCUGUCGGAUCUAAAUAUAUUACCAAAUGAUCUAGCGUGAUAGUUUUUUGGGGGAGGGCUGGAUAAUUGCUUUAUUCUUUGCUUAUCAGAUUUGAUUUUCUCUAAUCGGGCCGAACAAUCACUUUCGAGUUUAGAUAGCUGCUUUGUGUUUUAUUCUAAUCAUCUUUUGUUGACAUAAAGUAGUUCUUCUUGCAUGCAUAACUGGAGAAACAUGUAAUUGAUAUGUAGGCAGUAUGAUGGAUUUCAUCGUGGGCUGUCUUAGUAUAUUCAACAUGUAAACGAUACUUGAUUGGGGGGAAAACAAAAAAAGAAAAAGCAAUGACGGUGUUUUUCUUCUU